AUGGGCGACUUUGAUUGCUACUGUUUCUUGUGUAGUGGGCCGCUUUUCGAGCCGCAGCUCGGCUCUGCCUCUCCACGAGCUUUAAGGAAGCGUCGCCAAAAAGUUGAGGAGAAGAGAUUGGCAUUGAAGGCAGGACUUCGAUACGUGUCAGAUUCAAGUGAAUCCGAAGAUGGGGGUGAAGAGGAGAACGAGGAUGACGAGGAGAUCGACGAGUACGAAGAGCGGACAUCAUAUGACCCCGAACUAGCCACCGAGGAACGGACUGAUUGGAUCCAGUAUCUGCGAGUUCUUGGAUUCAAUCCAAACGCAGUCGGGGAUUCCAAGGCUUGGAUCUCUGGAAGCGCGAGGUACGAUGAUGGGGGGGUGAUUGAAGUGUUUGAUGGAUCUGGUUUGUCCUUUUUGCGGCAAAAUCUCCCUGCCAAGGAGACUGACAUCAACAUAGAUCCAAACCAACCCUUUUUGGCCGAGAACAGAUGUUACGAUUGUUACGUGCCUACAAAUGGUAACGAAGUCGUUUUCCCCUUCCACUCCAGCUGUAUGGCUGUGUUGAAGAAGGUGUACGAAUGGAGCCUUAACAGCGGCUCCUACAAGAAAAUGAAAGGUUUCGACUCUACUGAAAUCGAUAUGGAUGCACUGUAUGACGCAGCCACCGUUUUAUGUGACCCAUACGCCGUCCAUCUGAAACUAAAAUAUGGUGGUAUCUCUGGCGCAGAGCAAUGCUGGGAAUGCCACCCCGGCGAGGAAUACUCUGUCACUGAUCCCUUACAUUCCGCUGUUGAGACGAUCGAGUUGCCCCACGUGUCUAAAGCUUCUCAAUCGCUCUAUUCUCGCUUACGUUCUUCGGUUGACCCAUUUGGAGCAGUGCCCAACGAAAUAAUUCAUUUUAUUUGCAAUUACCUUUCUGGGGAGGACCUUAGCAACUUCUUGACGGCUUCAUUUGUGGUACACUGCGCUACUCUUGAGCCUACGUUCUGGAAGUCUCUUGGGAGAUCUCGUAUGCCGUGGGCAUGGGAACUUUGGGAAAGAACAUCAAGGCAUGACUCACAAUUAGGGUUCCCUAUUGACUACAAGAAACUCUAUUUCAUUGUUGAUGCUCGCACCAGCCUUCCCUUUGGUAUCACAAGAAGACUGAGUGGUUGGAUGGGUUUGGCAAAUCGACGACGAAUAUGGACUACUUGUCUCCUUCUACUGCCUCACUACUUACGUUCUCUUCAAGGGAGGAUAUCUGACAAUAACUCUUCCUCUGAUAUCACAGACGCGGCCAUCGAAGGAGAGCUUUUCCCGGUAUCAUACCCAUCAGCAUCCAGCACUGCCUCCCAAACCUUCGUUCUUCACUCAUGGGAGGAGCUGCGUGCGACUCCUUCUAUUUUUGAGGCGUACUGGGACUUGAAUCAGAAUUUGGUUGGCCUUGGCACAUCCUCCGGGAUACACAAACGGAUUCUUGGAAGAGGUGCUGGCUUGGAAUCGGGCGUAGGUAAUGGGAUAACAAAGUCUGCGGGCCGCAUCAAUACUGGCGAAUGGAUCCAGAGCUUGUCGCUCGGCCUCGAGAUCCUGCAACCUUUACAUGGCACUGCUGUUAAAAGAGUAGAUGUCACUCUCACGUCCGGAAGAAAAAUCACACUUGGUGAUGGACGGCGGAACUUCGCUAAGAGACAACUUCUCUGCUUUAAUGGAUACACGUUUGCUGGACUUUUCGGACAAACUGGACAUAAUGGAGUGAUUGGGUCAUUAGGUAUCCUGCAGUGUCCCACACCCAAGUCUUUGUGUGAUAUUCCAUCUCCAAAGCUCUCGAUCGCUGAACGACUUCUGUGGCAUCAUUCAUCUUCCUCAAUCAUACAUAAUCGUGACGUAAAUCUUCGACCACUUGUCAUUUUGGAAGAUAGUUCCAUCAAUGCAUUGACGCCACACGAGACAUUUUCAUGGACCGCUGGUGCCGAGCAAUUUAGCAAACUUGAACGCAUCUCCGCUAGGCUUUGUACGGUCCUGGAACAUACGGGCAUCUUACAGUUGCAGUGCAGGUUCGUUCGGAGAUUCUGGGAACCAAAAAGGGGACUGGGUAGAAACAGUGGUGACGUCUCCGAAGAGCUUCUCGAAUCAGAAGGCACUCCUGUCCAUCAUUUCGACAUUGAUGGGCCAGGCGGCGAACGCGUUAUUGGUGUAAAGGCACAAGGAAUGAAUGACAAGAUUACAGCUAUCACAUUUUGCACGAACCAAGGGCGCCAAGCGACUUUCGGCCAGGAGACGCAGGAUAAGUGGACUACUUUCGAGGAAACCGGGGAGGAAUUCAUAUUUGGUCUUGCUGCGGGAUUCUCCUUGUCUGCAGAUCCUCGUGAAAAGCACUUCUCUUUGAUGAAUUCUAUCAUAGUUCUGACAAAGAAAUCAGAUUAG